UCGUACCCCACCAAGCGAUGAUUGUAUCGCAAUUGCACGUGCGAUUCGCUUAAAAUUUGUUAGAAAACCGGAGAAAAAUCUAAGUUAGCAUGCGUAAUUUAAAACUAAAAUAUUGUCAAUCCUUUAAGGAGACCGUAAAGCAACCAAAAUUUAUUUUAAUUAAUCCAAACGUGCCGAAAAGUGCAUCAGAAACGCGAUAUAUUGUCACAGACUCGCAGCUGUUUUCCUUUGUUCCAGGCUCUGAAGAGCAGGAGCCCAAAGUCUUAGCUGAAGUUCCUGACAUAGUUGCGGCCGAGUAUUUAGCUUUGGACAACGAAAUAUGUUUGGCAACAGCUGCGGGUGAAGUUCUGCUUAUCAAUCCUGAUACAAAGCAGGUAAAUGAGGGCACAUUUUGUGAUGUGGGCAUUGAAUGCAUGGCUUGGUCACCAGACCAAGAGGUGGUGGUAUUUGUGACCAAGCAGCACAAUGUUGUGGUGAUGACAUGUACAUACGAUCCGCUGACUGAACAUGCACUGGCCGAAGAAAAUUCCGAGUUGGAGGGAGAAUUUGUCAAUGUGGGUUGGGGUAAAAAGGAGACACAGUUUCACGGCUCUGAAGGUAAAGAAGCUGCUAAAAGGAAACAAAUGGAAGAUACAGCGGUUAAUGUGGAAGAAAUACCCAAGGAUAUUGUGAUUAGCUGGCGAGCCGAUGGAGCUUACUUUGUGGUGUCCUAUGUUAGCCUAUCGCGAGGACGCACAUUCAAAGUAUUCGAUAUAGAGGGUAAAUUGCAAUUUGUUGGAGAGAAACAAACUAAACUCGGUCAUGCGACUGCUUGGAGGCCUUCGGGAACCUGGAUAGCCAUUCCUCAGCGAUUACCCAAUAAAAGCACUGUGGCGUUGUUUGAGAAAAAUGGCCUAAGGCACCGAGAAAUAGUAUUGCCAUUUGAUUUACAACAAGAACCAGUAGAGGAUAUCAAAUGGAGCUCCGAUUCGGAAAUCUUAAGCAUAAAAACCGCACAGAAAAUAUAUCUGUAUACCAUAGGCAAUUAUCAUUGGUAUUUGAAGCAGGUUUUGGACAUUGAACACCAAGAGAAAGUGGCCUUUUUAUAUUGGGACAAUCGCAUAGGCGAAGAGAAAACCUUGCAUAUCAUAUUCGAAUCGGGUAAAUAUCUGGUCUACAAAUGGUACUGGGCCAUUGACCGGCUGGAGCGCACCGGUCUGGUAGGUGUUAUCGAUGGUAAACGUUUGCUUUUCACCGACUUCUCCAAGGCCAUUAUACCUCCACCCAUGUGUACCCAAGCCUUGGAGUUGGAGUCCCCAAGCGGGGGAGAAAAAGGAGAUUCCUACAUAAUUGCUCUCACCUGUACUAAGGCCCAAGAUGAAAUACACUUGUGUGUGUAUGACUCCAAGCAUAGGCUCCACCACUACAAGUCACGUCUGGCAAAUCCAGCAGUAUUCUCAGCCAUUGGUUGCCUGCAGUUGAAUCCAAUGGAUGAGAGUCUAAUUCCCUUGAAGUAUGGCAAUUUGCAAUGGUUUGAAAGUUUCGAGGACACAUAUUUGGUAACCAGCUUCACACAGGACAACAAUAGCCACAUUCAUUUCAUAGCUGUUGAUGUGCUAGUGACAAUUGAUGUGCCCAUAGCUGGCAGCACCAUAUCGUCUUUGGUGCCGUCGGGCAAGGAACAGCCCUGUGAACUGUUUUAUCAAACGUUGGAGGACAAUCGUAUAACUCAAUUGGUAUACGAUGUGGACUCGGAGCGCGAAACUUCAAGACGUCUGCACAUAGAACUCCAACAAAACGCUGACCAGAUGGAAACCUUUAUAAAACCCAAUGAUGCUGAAACCUAUACCAUAUGUUUGAGCAACAAUCAAUGUCUCUAUGUGAAUCAUGAACGUGUGGCCACCGAUGUCACCUCCUUUUGUAUGGCAGGCAAUUAUUUGGCCUUCACAAAACUGACAUCACUACAUUUCUUACGUUUAUCCGAUAUGCGUUUAGUAGACGAACGUCGACUGGAGCGUGGUGCCAAAUUGGUAACAACUGUGGCCGAAUCAGAUCGCACGGUUAUGCAAAUGCCACGUGGUAAUCUGGAAGUUAUUUCUCCCAGAGUUUUGUCUUUGGAGUUGAUGGGAGCCCUACUGGAGGCCCAAAAAUACGGUGAGGCCUUUUCCAUACUGCGCAAGCAACGUAUUAACCUUAACAUAAUAUGUGAUCACAAUAUGUGUGACUUUGUGGAUAGGCUGGAUGUGUUUUUGCAACAAAUUGAAAAUCCAAAUUGGCUCAAUCUGUUUCUCAGCGAUUUGCAGAAUGAGGAUUUCACCAAAACCAUGUACGCCAGUAAUUACAAGGAAAACUCACAACGUUAUCCAGAAGGCUUUAAGAUCGAGGAAAAAAUUACCUAUGUCUGCAAAGCUAUGUGCAUUCGCAUGGAACAGUCAAGUGAAAAACGUUUCCGCCUACCCAUAAUCACGGCCUAUGUUAAAUUGAAACAAUUGGAAAAAGCUUUGGAGCUGAUAUGGGAGGACAAAAAGAAAGAAAAUGCCCAAAAUGACCCCUCCGAUGCGGGAGGGGGCGCUGAAGAGGCUUUGAAGUAUUUACUUUAUCUGGUGGAUGUAAACGAAUUGUAUAAUGUAGCUCUGGGCACAUAUGAUUUCGGUUUGGUGCUGUUCGUGGCCCAAAAGUCUCAAAAGGAUCCCAAAGAAUUUUUGGCUUUCCUCAAUGAAUUAAAGGGCUAUGAGUUGAAUUAUCGUAAAUUCAAAAUUGAUGAACAUCUGAAACGUUAUGAAAAGGCUUUGUAUCAUAUUGUCAAUUGUGGCAAAGAAAAAUUCGAGGAGGCUUUAGCAUUUAUAAAACGCCAUGAAUAUUAUGCCAAAGCCUUGGCAGCUUUCAAGAACGAUGUGGAGUGUUAUCAACAGGUUUGCCUGGCGUUUGCCGAUCAUCUUAGGGCCAAUGGUAAAUUGGAUAAUGCCAGCAUACUCUACGAGCGAGGUGGUAACAUACAGCAGGCCUUGUUAAGUGCCAAACAUAUUUUGGAUUGGCAGAGGGCUUUGAUGUUGGCCAGGCGUUGUGAACAGGAUGUGGCUCAAGUGGCCAUGUCCUUAGUAAUGCCCUUGCAGGAACAGGGUAGAUUUGAGGAGGCUUAUGAGUUAUCUAAAAACUAUGGUGGCAUUACCAAAGACUCCUUGCAAUGUCUUAUCAAGGGCCAUUUAUUCCUUAAGACAAUUUUCGAAGCCCAAUUAACAGCACAAAAUACAGAGGAAGAUGUUUUAAAGGAGUUCGUAAUGCCCGAGUUAAUUGCCUAUCACAAUGUUUUGAAAUCCUCAAUACAGGGCGACCAAGAGCUAUUCAAUUCACACAAACAACGCCUGCUACAGGUUCGCCUUAAUCGUGCAAAGCAAUCUCAGUUCUCCGGUGAAGCUGGCGAGCAAAUGGACAUAGAUGAAUGUGAUUUGUUAUCGGAUACCACAAGUCUACAUUCAUCACGCUACACAGCCAGUUCCAGAGGCACAGGCAAAACAUUCCGUUCCAGCAAAAAUCGGCGCAAGCAUGAACGCAAAUUGCUUAGUCUCAAGCCUGGCAAUCCAUUCGAAGAUAUUGCCCUUAUCGAUGCCUUGUAUAAUCAAAUCACCCGCUGUUUUGGUCAACAACAGCAUGUGCGUGACACCUGCAAAGCUCUCUUGCAAAUGGAACAGGACUGCCUGGCUAGUGAUUUGCAAAAUUGUUAUAAACAUUUGUUGAGCUCUAUGCAGAACGCAUUGGAUGACAUCUGGAUAGAAGAGAUGCUACAAAGUUGUGCUCAGCAAUUUUUGCAAGGACCAAAUAUUGAUUACACCCAGUUGCAGAAUGAGCAGCGAUAUGCUAUGAUAAGUCCCAUCAAACGCUUUAAACCCCAAUUGAAUAUGAUGGAUUGGGAACAUGAUAUAUUGCAGUAAAUGCAACAAAAAUAUAAAUUUCUUUAAAUUGCGCAGUGUGGUAUCGGCCAUCCCACAACUCUAAACUGCUAACGUUUAUUGAUCAUGCAAUGGACUUGGAGUUUUUCUUAAUUUGUUUUUUACAUUUUUCCAUCCACCUUCACUAUCAUUGACUGUUGUGACUACAGUUUAAACUUAUAAAGUUAUUUUAUAAUAGAUUUUGUGUUUUU